UCGUGAGAAUGCGAAAUGGAAGAGAGCGUGAGAGUGCUCUUUAUUAUAUUAUUUUCCUCUGGGAAAAAAAUAAAUACUCGAUUUGAACAUAGCUAUGUUCGAAAAUAAGUCAUGAAAUAUUGUGAAGGUGUUUUUUUAUGAAACGGCUCUUUGAUUUCUCUCAGGAUAAAUCGUUUUAGUGUUUAUUUUUAUCAACAUAUUUCAUGAUACACCUUUCACUUGGAGGUAUUCAAACUGUUUAUCAUAUUAGCGUCUUACAAUUUUAGAGAUGACAAACGCAUGUUUCUGUUUAAGAAACAACAGACAAUUUUUCAUUUACUACUGGAAUUUAAUUUAACUUAAUUAAAUCAAUGGCGCAUAACGAUAUAUAAACUUUCAAUUCUGUGAAUGCUUUGCCGAACCAAAACAACCACAUUCAUAGGAUUAGAAUCUGCUAAGAGUUUAAGGAACCAUGAACUGAUAUUUAAAUCAGAUGAAAGCAUUUGUGAAUUAUUGGCUACAUUAUGGCAGCACGGAAUAUUACCAAACCUCAGCCUUCUGCACUUGGUAGUCAAUUUGAACAAGCUGAAAAGACCAGCAGUACUUUGAAGAGACAUCCAAAAAUGGAGCUUAGUAAACCUGAUCUGUUGCAACUCUUGGGAGUUUUAGAAGGAGAGCUGCAAGCGAGGGAGAUAGUCAUAGCUGUACUUAAGGCUGAGCAAGUGAAGCAAUUGUUAUAUCCUAAAAGGAAAUCAACAACUGCAAAUGAUCCUUGGGCAGCUCUACAGCGGGAUUGCUUAGGAGCAUUUGAUGCUACGUUUGAUGAAACAGCUGUUAAAAAUUUGUAUGGAAUGCAGCUAUCUACUUUAGAGAACUUUUUAAAGCAGUAUAAAAUUGCUCAGACUAAAUUGAAACAGCAACUACAAGAAGCAGAACAACGGUGUGAAAAGCUUCUUGCUGAGUUAGAAGACGAAAAACGGAAACAUGCUCAAGACACUGCUCAAGGAGAUGAUGUAACAUAUCUCUUGGAAAAAGAACGUGAACGUUUGCAUCAAGAAAAUGAAUUUGAACGUCAGCAGAACAGAUGCAUGGAGAAAGAUAUUAAGUGUUUGCAAGAAACGCUGGAACAAGAAAGAUUAAGACAAAAGCAAAUUGUAUUGUUGCUACUUGCAGAAAGAAAGAGAUUAAUAUUUCGAUAUGCUGAAGAAAAACAAAAAUGUGACCGAUUGUCUCAGAUACUUUGCGAUGAAAAAGGAAGAAUUGCUGACAUGGUUGAUGGAUUAGAAGAGGAAAGCAAGAAAUCUUUGCAGAUGGAAGCAGAACUGGAAAGACAGUUGUGUGAAUUUGAAAUAGAACGAGAACAGUUUAAAGCAGAUAUAGCAGAAUUAGAAUCAAGGAACAAUGAAUUGACUCUUGAAAUUCAAAGGCUGCAGGAGGAAAUCUCAGAAUCUCAAAAACAAGCUGCUAAUUCUAGUCUUAGUUCACAAUCUCAGUUGGGAGAAGGAGUAAGAAGUACUAUAGUUACAAUGGUUUCAACUCCUCCUAUUCGAGCUGUUCCCACAAUUUCUCCAACUGUAAGUCCACCUCGAGGUGUUGCACGUGCUGUUUGCCCUAAAACAGGACCUGCUCCUGCUACGCCUGCUAAGCCACCUGGCCUAAUACCACAAGCACCUACCAAAAUUACUCCUGGUAAACCAGUUUAUUCUACUUCAAGUGCAGUUUUAUCACCUUUGUGCAGUCCUCCUUUAGCCACAUCUGGAUUAAAAACUACAUCCAAAACUAUAAAACCUAGUUCUCCCGCUCCUUUAGCUUCACCUUCUGUCCCUGAAAAUGUAGGAACUUUACUUCAAGUUGUCCCUCCUGGUCCCCAAUAUGCCGAAAAUCCUCUGUCACCACCAGAAGGUGAAAAAAUUAUAAGUGAUUCAACAUCACCAUCAAACACUAAAGCUUAUGGAACUAUUAAAAGCGCAUCUGCUGUUCCAGUGCAUAAAGCAGGAACAGCACUAUCUCCAAAUGUCACAGCAAAUGCAAAAAAAUUGUCUGUCGGAAGAGGAGCUCCUCCUCCCAUUCCUCCAAAUAAACCAGUAUUACCACCUCAAGCUCUUCACAGGAAAGAUACUGGGUCUAAGCCACCUGUUCCACCAAGAUCUGAUAUUACACCUGAAAAUGCACCUGAUAAGAAUGCACAGAGAUGUACUGUAUCUACCCGCUUUCUUAAUAUGUCUAAGGCAGCUGCUGAUGAAUCUCCUGGAAGUGUUACUGUAGAAAAGGAUGAGACACAGGGAACGACCGCAACAUGAUAGAGGAAUGUUUUUCUAGAAAUAUUCUAAAAGAAUCUUCAUAUUACAUACCUUCAAAAUGGUGGCAAAUCCCUGCAACUCAAUAGCUAAAAGCUCUGAUUAAUGAAGAUGGGUGCAAAUACGUUCUGCAACAAAUCCUACAUUUACUACGAAUGAGAUUAAAAAAUAGCAACAUUCUUCUAUAUUUAGACAGAAGAAUGACCCUGUAAUUUAACAAAUUGAUCAUUAUUCUCGUGGCUGGAAGGUGUCAUGGAUUUCAGAAAAAGUCCAAGAAAGAGAAGCGGAAUAGCAUAGCAGUGCUUUUUAGUCAUAAAUGUGACUAGAAUUUGGUCAACUUUUCAGUCGGUGUUUUAGUCUACAUCUAUAAUGAAUUGUAACACUUUGUUGUGCUGAGUUGUAUCUAAAAUUUCUAGAAAAUGCAUUUAUUAUUAAAAUUAAAACAUCUAGAAAUUCUCUGUUCA